GUUGAUAAAAACAUUUCAAUUUAAACGUGUGGCGCAUUCAGUGUUCGGCAUCCAAUCGAUCAGUUGCGCUUGAAAGCUCAUAGACUUCGGUUCAUUUUCGCUGUGAGCUCCGACCAAUUUAAUUGAAAAUUUUGAUUUUACGUUUCUAGAUUUAGAUUCAAACAGAGUGUUAGAGAGAAAAAAAUAUUAAUUUAUUCGAACAUUGAUUCUAUAAAUCGAAUUACAUGUUUCAAUCAGAAACAAAGUCAUUUUUAAUUUGUCAGUUGAAUCGACCGUCAAUUGUUUUUGUUAUUUUGAUUUACUUUUUAUGGCCUGCAUGACAUUUGAUGAAAAAAAGAUAGUAUGAACAAUCGUUCUGUGUGGAGUAAUUUUGAAGAGUAAUUCGUUAAACGCAAUCAGAUUUAACACAACAUUGUAAAGUACAAGACAGUCGAACAUAAACAUUUUAACAGAUACACUCAAUUGUGCUUUGUUGUUUGUUCGUUGUGUCGAUCUGUCUAAGAAUCAAUAGACACCGGUUGAUUUAUCCAAUAUGAUUCUUCCAGUAUCAAAAACCAAAUUGCUUAGUCUGGCAGCUGUAAUUGUGCUGGUCAUUGGCGGCGUCUGGUUCUUUUUUCAACAAAAAGAGCAUCAAGCGGAUGACGGUUUUAAGCCGGAUCAGUUCAAUCGUCAUGCGGUUGUUUCUAAUGGGCCUGAAUGUGCGGCAAUUGGAAUGAAAAUCUUGAAAGAAUAUAAUGGAACGGCUGUGGAUGCUGCGAUAGCAACAUUAUUUUGCGAGGGUGUGACUGUGUGUCAAUCGAUGGGGCUUGGAGGUGGGUUUGUUGCAACAAUCUAUCACAAGGAUAGUGGCACAGUUGAUACUCUACUCGCACGUGAACGAGCCCCGUUCGCAUCGACUGUGAACAUGUAUCAAAAUAUGACAGAAAUCAAAGGAAUUUUAGCAGCUGCAGUUCCUGGUGAACUAAAGGGCUACGCCGACUUGCAUAAUAAAUACGGUCGUGUUCCUUGGAACGUUUUGAUCCAGCCCACAAUUGAUUUGUGUCGAACUGGUCACAUUGUAACGGAAUAUUUGGAAAGAGUGUUGGUAUUGAUGCGAGACAGAAUUUUCUCAUCACCUUCACUGCGAGAAGUUUUUGUAAAUCCAGCAACGGGUGAUGUAUGGAAAACCGGCGACCGUAUAAAACGACUGAAAUUGGCCAAAACAUUGGAAAUUAUCGCAGAAGAAGGUGCAGACACCAUGUACACAAAGAAUGGAACAAUCGCUAAUUUACUCGUCGAUGAAAUCAAAGAACUUGGCGGAAUAAUCACGAUCGACGAUUUUGUGGAUUACAAAACUGAAUGGGCCAAACCAGUAUCAACUAAAUUGAGGGGCAACUACACAAUUCAUUCGACUCCUUUGCCGGCUUCUGGAAUGAUUCUAUCUUUCAUGUUGAAUGUUUUGAGCGGUUUUGAGCCAUCGUUUACCGUGAAAUUUAUUCAUCAAAUGAUUGAAAGUUUUAAAUAUGGCUACGCCAAGCGUACCCAUCUUGGUGAUUUGAAUUACGACGAAACAUUCAUUUCGUCAUUCUCGGAUAUGGAAACAGCGAAUAAAGUACGUGAACAAAUUUUACCCGACAAAACUUUCGGUGAUUAUAAACACUACGGCGCAGACUUUUCCAUGGAAGCAGAUCAUGGAACCGCUCAUAUUUCGGUACUGGCCGCUAAUGGCGAUGCAAUUUCAAUUACCAGCACAAUUAAUGCCAUAUUCGGGUCACGCGUUCUUUCGAAGAGCACUGGUAUCAUACUGAACGAUGAAAUGGACGAUUUCUCAUCACCUGGAAAAGAGAAUGGUUUCGGUUUGAGGCCAUCACCAGCUAACUAUAUCGCUCCGAGAAAACGACCCUUAUCUUCGAUGUGCCCUGUUAUUGUACUCGAUAAGAAUAACGAUGCGAUACUCAUCGCUGGAUCUGCCGGUGGAUCGAAAAUCACAACAACCGUCGCUUAUGUGUUUGCGAAGCAUUUGUGGCUAGGCGAAUCGUUGGAAGAUUCAAUAAACGCAAAACGAAUUCACCAUCAACUUUUACCGAUGGAAGUGGUGUUCGAAAAAGGAUACAAUCCCGAGAUCCUUGAAGGUUUACGACAAAUCGGUCACAAUAUCAGCGAAGACAAACCUGUAAUUGGCUUUACCGCCGUCACAGCCAUAUCACGAGCUAAUGGAUACGUUGAGGCUAUGGUUGACCCUCGACGAUACGGCAGUAUUCAAAUAAAUUAAGCGUAAUUUGGUCAAGAAAUGUAUAUAGGCCAAUAUUUGGCGCUCUAGUUUUAGCAUGCAUUGCACAUGUGAUAUUUUCGAUUAAGCAAACUCAAAACAAUCAAAUCGUAGUCCAAAUAGUGUUGCCAAAAAAAAUAUCUCGACACACGAUUGAUUAUGAAGGCAUUGUGCUUGUGAUUUUUGAUUUUUUGUUUUGAAGAGGUCGUCGAUAUGAUACAAAUGUUAUCGCGUCGCAAAGGCAAUUAAUUUUCUGGUAGUGCAAUAAAAAAAUAAAACAUUGACAUUGACCACAUUAUAAAAUGUUAAAUCACACAGAAAAAACGAAAGCAAAAACGAAUGACGAAUAAUCAAGUAUGAAUUAUAAGCGGGCUCUAUAAUCAUAAAUUCGUUUUUCUGAUUUCUGAUUUUGAUUUAUUGCAUUACAAAUCGUGAGAGCGACAACUGAAAAGCUAAUUGAAUUACAUGUAAACAAGGAAAAAAAAAACUAUGUCAAAAUGCAUUUGAAUGUUAAAUAAAGUCGACUAAUUGAAAAAUGCGUAUUUAGAAA